AUGGCUUGUGGUUGUUCUAACAGUCGCGGAGCGAACGUUUUCCACGCUUUCUUCUUGCUGCUGUUGAGCGGCCUGGGGUUGGCGCUGGUAGGUCUUGGGAUCUGGGCGACGGUCAAGCACAAGGGUCUCGACCUCGACUUCCAGGGCUGGUACCAUGCGCUGACGCGUACGGGUGUUGCGGCGAUCGUGGUGGGCGGCGUGACAUUUCUUAUCUGCUUGCUCGGGUUCAUGUUGCUCUGUCGCACAGGCAAGUGCUCGGGUAUGUUCUUCCGGAUAAUAUACGGGCUUGCGCUGGUCAUUCUCGGGGCUGUGCUGAUAUUUGUUGGCGUCUUCGCGGUGCUCCUGGCGCUUGGGCCCAAUGGACCGAGCUGGUUACGCAAUGGUUUCCAUGACGCGUGGUUGAGCACGGUUCGCAACCAGCCCUCAGUUGCUUGUGGUAUCGAAUCUCAGUACAAUUGUACGGGAUUUUUGAGGAAUACUAAUUGUUCGAGCACGCCUGAUGAAUGCCCGACCGGUUGCUCGUCGGACAACAAUUCCCCUCUCGGCUGCUACAGGGCGAUCAUGAAUGAUUACCGCCAGUGGGCGAUUCCAGUCGCGGUGAUUAGUCUCGUGGCUGGGGUGCUCGCAGUGUUCGACCUCGGCCUCCUCUGCUGCAUCGGACCUGUUGACGACUCAACCUAUUACUACAAAGGGAGGGACUAUUAUAGUCGUCGCGCACGAGUCUGA